AUGUCUUCUUCACCUACAUCUCCGUCUUCUAAGACUUCAUCAUCUCCUCUAUUAUCAUUAUCAUCAUGGAGACAGUUCCAAUUGUUUGAUUAUACACCAAUACGAGACCCCAAUUAUAAUUCUUCACAGGCAUUGUAUUCUGACCCAACUUUGAGUUGUAUUACAGCCACCACCUCCAGUUAUUUAAUUAUUGCCAUUAAUCAUUGCACGAUCAAACUAAUUAAUUUAUCUGAUUUGACUUGUCAAUUAAUAUUUGAUGCUUAUGAUAUCGACUAUAGAAUCACAUUUAUUGAACCUAUUCACAAUUCAAAUAAUUUGUUUGUUACAUUGGCGGAAAAACAAGGCAUGCCCAGCAUUAUCAAAUUAUGGGAUAUUUCAAAAUUAUUAAACUUGUCCAAUAACGAAAACGAUGACAGCAGUAAAAAUUCCAAAAUGGAACAAUCGGAAUAUAGAUUUGAAUUUCAAACACAAGUAUUGGUUACUGAUCAUAGUAAUGGAACCACCGGUGUAGGCAACAAUUCAUAUCCAAUCAGUUGUUUUAAAUUCAAUUAUGAUUUGACAUGUCUUGCCAUUGGAUAUACUAAUGGUAAAGUUAUUCUUGUACGUGGUGAUUUAUUACGAGAUCGAGGAGCCAAACAAAGAUUAAUUUAUAAUAGUGGUAACAAUGAUCCGAUAACUGGAGUACAGUUUAAUGAAAUUGAACAAGUAUUAUAUGUAACCACUACUGAAAAAUUGUUAACCGUAGCAACAACAGGGAGAAAUCAUGAAAAACCAUUGAAAAUUUUAUCCAAUAAAUAUGGAGCUGAUUUGAAUUGUACUGAUAUUGACGAAUCAAAUCAGAAUUUGAUUGUUGGGUUGAAUGAUUCAAUACAAUUCUAUGAUUGUUUUAAUAAAAUACUGACAAUCAAUUUUAAACUUGCCAAAUCAAGAAUUAUCAAAUCAAAACGAUAUUUAUUGAUUGUUAGUCCCGAAGAAAGAAAUAAAACAGGGAUACCAGAAACCGAGAAUACCAUUGAUAAAUCAUUAAUGUCAAGAAUAGUUAUUUUGGAUUUAGUCAACAAUCAUAUUUCGUUUAAUUUACUUAUUCCUGAUAGUUCAAUUUCUCAUGCAUUUAGUUUAUCCAAUGGUACAUUCUUGUUAUUAACCACUGAUGGAGUAUUGUAUAAGAUCAAUGAAAAAUCAAUCAAUCAACAAAUUGAAAUUGUGUUACAAAGAGAAUUGUUUUCAAUUGCUUUUAAUUUAGGUCAACAAUAUAAAUUACCUAAUGAAACAUUAUUAAGAAUCCAAAUAUUACAUGGCGAUUAUUUAUAUGAUCAGAAUAAAUUUGAUGAGGCAAUUGAUGUGUAUAUAAAGUGUCUUGAAUUGUUUAAAGAGAGUGGCAAGAUAGUAGAACAAAAACAGAAGACUAACCACCAGGCAAAGCAAACAGAAGACGAAGAAGAAGAAGACAUUGAUGAAUUCAUUAUCACUAUAAUUACUAAAUUCAAAGAAGCCACAAAUAUAUCCAAUUUAACAAAAUUUUUGAUUCGAUUAUAUGAGAAAUCACUUGCCAAUAUUGAUCAUAUUACUUUAUUAUUAUGUUGUUAUUGUAAAUUGAAAAAAAUUGAUAAUUUAAAUGAAUUUAUUGAUGAAUUAGAUUUAUCAAUUGAAAAUCUACAAGAAUUGAAUUAUGAAUUAAUCAUUAAUUUAUUUAAAGAAUGUGGAUUUUAUGAUCAAGUUUUAAAAUUACUUUAUAAAUUGAAUCAACCUAAUUUGAUUGUUGAUAUUCAAUUAAACGAUCUUCAUAAACCAAAGUUGGCAUUGAAUUAUAUGAAGACAUUAGCCAUUGAUGAUUUGUUAUUGAUUUUAAUUGAUCAUUCUACAAACUUAUUGGAUUCGUGUCCACUUGAAACUACAGAAUUAUUGAUUAAUGUAUUUACUGGUAAAUAUCAACCUAAUGAACCCAAUGCAAAAUAUGUCUUUGAUGUUUCUAAUAAUACUUCCACCAUGAAUCAACCUCAAGAAAAUUCUGAGAAGGAAUCAUUGGAAAGGGAAAAGUCUGUUGAUAUAUCUAAUUAUAGAGCAUUUUUAAACUAUUUAUCAUUACAACUGGAAGAAACUGACAAUAGUGAUAACUAUGCAGACAGUAAAACUAGUCAAGAGAACCCAUCUUUAUUAUCAAAUAAGGAGCCAACGUAUUUGCCACCAAAACCGAAUUUAAUUUAUGCUAGUUUUACUAACCACCCAAAAGAAUUUGUGAUUUUUCUUGAAGCCAGUCUUGAAGCAUUUAAUAAAUAUGAUGGUAAUAUCGUUGAUAAGAGGGAAACAGUAUUGACAUUGUUGGAGAUAUACUUGUCAUUGAAUAAAUCUACUGGUGACAAAGAAUGGUUAGAUAAAGCCGAUACAUUAACACAAGAUUAUAAACAAUUAUUAGAUAAUCAAGCAUUAUUAUUAUUGAGUCAUAUUUAUGAUUUCAAACCUGGUGAAGUGAUUGCCCAAGAAAAAAGUGGCAAUGAAAGUGACUUGUUUAUGAGUUGUCAAUUGAAUCAGGAUGUGGAAGGAUGCUUUGAAAUUUUGGAAAAAUAUGGUGAUACCAAACCUGAAUUAUAUAAAUUAAUGCUCAAAUUUAUAAUCUCUUCCAAACCUAUAUUUGAUCAGAUAAAAUAUGAAGAUAUUCAAGUAAUACUUGAACAAAUCAAGAUAUAUAAAUUAUUAACACCCCUUGAAUUGAUUGAUAUUUUAACAGAAAAUCCUGAUAAUGAAUUUAUUACUUUGGGAUUAGUUAAAGAUUAUUUUAUUGAUUAUUUCCAACAACAAACUAAAGAAAUUUCCAAUAAUACUAAAUUAAUUGAAAAAUAUGAACAAGAAUCAACGAAAAAUUCAUUAAAAUUAUCAGAAUUAACAAAACCAUUUGUUAUUCAAAAUAAUAAAUGUUCGGGAUGUAAUUUGAAAUUGGAUUUCCCAGUGAUUCAUUUUAAAUGUAAACAUUCAUUCCAUCAGAAGUGUUUAUCGACUAAUUUAAUUGCUACAUCAACAGAAUCACUGACACCGACACUGUCAACACCAACAUCAACAUCAACGUCAACGUCAAUGUUGAAUCCAAACAAUAAUACUGUCAUUAAUCAUAAUGAUGACGAUAAGUUCACUUGUCCAAUAUGUAUUCAUAAAUUUAACGAUAUUAAAACUGCUAAAUCGCAUCAAUACAAACUUGGUGAUGUUUCUAACCAAAAUAAGGAGAAUUUUGAUAUUUUCAUUAAUUCAUUACAUUCUAGUAAUGAUAAGUUUAAAUUUGUUUCUGAUUAUAUUGGUAAAGGAGUAAUGGAAAAUCAAUAG